ACAACACAUAUCCUUUGUCACGCACUGGCUUGCUCAUCCCCCCCUAGCAUGCGUGACUUUGUACACCACUUUUACUUUGACCCGGUCACUAAGAAGCUCAUCGAUGAGGCAGUUGCAUUCAAUAACCAAGCCCACGUCCUCUCUAGACAAGGCGAUUACGCCGGUUCAGAGCGUCUUCACCUGCGUGCACUCGAUAUUAAACUCAGCGCAGUUGGUGAGAAUGACGUUACUGCUGUCACCCGCAAUGAACUCGGAGAAGUCUACAUCAAGAUGGGCAGAAUUGCGGAUGCUGAAGAGCAGCUCAGGAAGGCUGUUUCUGUCCGCUUGAGGACAGGGCCUGCAUAUGAUGCUGCAGUCUCUCUCGAGAAUCUUGGUCAGGUUUACGAAGCAAAGGGUAACUUUGAGGAAGCGAGGAAGGUGAGACGGUCCCACCCUGGAAACAUUAUGGUCUGCGGAAACAAUAAGUGUCCUGGUAAGACGUUUCAUCAGAGCCAGCUUUUAGCUUGUUCUGGAUGCAAGUCCGCCUUCUAUUGUGGAAAAGCCUGUCAGGCCAAGGACUGGCGCGCUCGCCACAAAAAGCUCUGCAAAGCGUACACAAAUACAGACCACUGAUUUCCCUCGAGACUUGAUAAUCUUCUGUCGCAACGGUACAGCAGGCA